UGACGGCGAACUGAACAUGUCUGGUGAUGAAGAUGAGCCAGAUCUGUCUGGAGACGAAGAAGAACUGCUGUUACAAGACAGUGACGACGAAGCAGACGAAAUAGAAAUCCCAGGGAAGAAGCAGAAAGGAAAACCUAAGCUUAAACUUAAAGGAAAAGAUGAUCUCGGAUCCCUAUUCGCAUCAGCUGAAGAAUUCUCAACACUUCUAGAAGAAACCGCGUCCAACAAAAAGCAAGGAUCCAGCCAAGCCGUCUCCAAUACUGACAAUUCCAGCCACAAGCAACUGGCUUGGGAAGAGAAGCGAGACACGUGGAUAAAAGGAUACAACAGAAAGAUAUUGGGCAACAAAAAAGCCGGAAAAGGCAGGAAAUUCAAUAAAAACAAACAAAAUGGUGGCUUCAACAAAAUGACUGACAGCAAAAAAGGCGGGAAACGGAAAGGCGGAAACGCAGACGGUGGGGGUGGGAAAAAGAAAAAGUUCAAAUAAUGAAUUUUAUUUUUAAUGCGUAAAUAAAAUUAUUGUGUUAUCCAUU